AUGAGCACAAUUCCUUUGGCCGCCUCCUCACCUCCAGGCGUUGUGAGGGGAGCCACUUGGAACGGCGUGUUCAAGCCUGUUGGUGUGACAGGAAGAGGCGGAGGAGGAGGAGGAGGAGGAGGAGGAGGAGGAGGAGGAGGAGGAGGAGGAGGAGGAGGAGGAGGAGGAGGAGGAGGAGGAGGAGGAGGAGUGAGCAAGCAUAGGCACAGCCAAAGCUACGAUUUCUCGUCUAUGAUGCUUUCCAAGGAGUGCCUUCACAGCCCCGAGUCUGCUGGUCGUAUGUUGGUUUCAGCUCUUCCACCUCGAUCCCCCCGUCUCACUCCCCCACCUCAAUCCCCCCGUCUCACUCCCCCACCUCAAUCCCCCCGUCUCACUCCCCCACCUCAAUCCCCCCAUCUCACUCCCCCACCUCAAUCCCCCCGUCUCACUCCCCCACCUCAAUCCCCCCGUCUCACUCCCCCACCUCAAUCCUCCCGUCUCACUCCCCCACCUCAAUCCCCCCGUCUCACUCCCCCACCUCAUCCCCCCGUCUCACUCCCCCACCUCAAUCCCCCCGUCUCACUCCCCCACCUCAAUCCCCCCGUCUCACUCCCCCACCUCAAUCCCCCGUCUCACGUCGUCAUCUCGAUCCCCUCUUCUUAG